AUGAGAGCUUCUCAAUAUAGCAGAAUGUUGCGUCUGGAUACAGCAGACUGGGAGAAUGAUGAUGGAGAUAUAGUGGACGAAUACGCCGCUCUCUUUCUUCGUAAAUUUGCAGAAUUCUUCAAUAUUCCGAGAGAUGGAACGGAAAAACCAUUGCUCGCCAACUUCUGUCUUCUCGUCUUGUAUUUUAUCUUCUACGUCAUCCCUUUUCUUUUCAAAUUAUUCCUAGCUUGCUGUGGAUGUUCAUUUAUGUGUUUGGGUGAUUUCAUAAAUGAAAGUCAUGUUUAUUUCUGCCCUCAGUUCUUGUAG